GUGAAAUAUUUGCAUUGUAAUGGUCAAUCGUGGUAGUAGAGGUAGUUUGUGGUGUAUUUGAAGAUCAUUUUCCAUAAGAAUUUGUAUUACUAUUUCGAAAAAAAAUGUAUCGGGAACAUAAAACGUGUUCGGUAGUGUCUCUGUAAUAUAUGAUUCGUUAAAAAAACCUAACUCUCAGUACAACGGUAACUAGUGUAACUUAAUAUUUGGAGAAGAAAACUACGCUAUCAUAUUAUGUCCGCACUACCUCGUAGAAUUAUCAAAGAAACCCAGCGAUUGAUGCAAGAACCUGUACCCGGGAUCAGCGCUGUUCCGGAUGAAAGUAAUGCACGAUAUUUUCACGUUAUAGUAACUGGUCCGGAGGAUUCUCCGUUCGAAGGAGGCCUCUUCAAAUUGGAGCUUUUCUUACCCGAAGAUUACCCUAUGUCUGCGCCGAAAGUUAGAUUCAUUACUAAAAUCUACCACCCAAAUAUUGAUAAAUUAGGAAGAAUAUGUUUAGAUAUAUUAAAAGACAAAUGGAGUCCAGCAUUACAAAUUCGCACCGUACUCUUAUCAAUACAAGCGCUGCUCAGUGCACCGAAUCCCGACGAUCCUUUAGCAAAUGAUGUGGCAGAGCUUUGGAAGAUCAACGAAAGCGAAGCGAUUCGUAAUGCCAAAGAAUGGACCAGAAAGUACGCGAUGGAUAACUGAUUUACAGACUGAUUGUUUUAAUCGUUUUAUGGCAAUGUAUGAAAAUAGUGUUUUUUCUAUUCUUAAUCGAAGUUAUUGAUUCUAUCAAAAGUGUUUCGAAACUGAGUGAUAUUUCAAUUUUUUUUGUCUCGUGAAUGCUUAUCGUUCGCAUUCCAAUUUGUUUUCCUUCUCCAGUAUGAAAAUACUAUUCGUAUCAGCUAGAAGGUUAUUUUAGAAACAAAUUUUUAUGUAAACGUAAGAAGGAUAUUGUAUGUUGUAUUGUCAUUAAUAAAUUUAAAUUACUUGUAUCGUUAACGAAAUAGUUUUUAUUUUUUCCCCUUUAAACUGUACGCCCUUAUCCGGUGAGGUUUUAAUGCUAUAAAAUCGUUUUACGAAUACAUAUUAAUUUCCUUUUUUUUUUUUGUUAUUUAGCAAAAAGAUAAUGCGAUGUUUGUACGAUAGAACACUAUUUUUUGCGUAAUUUAUUUAUUCGAUACUUUUUUCUCAUUUUUUUCUAUUAAUUUUAUGUUGUUUUUUUUCAAAACCUGCUUCAGAUAUUGUUCCACUAUUAUGUGAUGUACACAAAUUUUAUGAAAAUUAUCAAAAAAAACCAACGUUGUAUAUUUUUCCCUUCUACUCUUACAUUAUUUCUUGUGUUUUGUAUGAUUUUUUCAUUUCACUGAGAUAGGCAUUCGCUAUUAGUAUCCUUUGCGUAGUUACAAUAACAUGUUUUACUUUACAUUUAUGUUUUAUUUUUAUACCCUAAAUCACCUCGUCGAACAAUCCUUUUCUAUUGCUAGAGUCAAUUUUUCAUCACAAUGUCGUAAGCCUACGCUUUGAAUCACAUGAAAUUGAUUAUUAGACCGUGCAUCGAGUUUCUUCGAACUUUCAGGAAAAUAAAGGCAUUUAAAGAGGUCACCCUAAUAGCGUAGAAACACGACUUUGCUAUAGUUUCUCAAGCUCGAUAGGAAACUUCCUCUUGGUAAAAUUUACUUUUAAAAAAUGUGAUUCUUAUAUUAUUUUGUCGUUGCCAAUAUCAACGUUGAAUUAUACCUACAUUUUUAAUAUUAAAAUUAAAUAUUUUCAUUUGCA